ACAUCAGCUCUGAGAUCUCCAAGCUCUACAGAACUUCUACAGACUCUUUCUGUCAUUUUGAAGAAACAUCUUGAAGAAUGAGAAGCCUGAUGUGUUUGCUGUUCCUGGUGAUCUUCUGCUCUGUGCAGAUGACUUCAAGCGCUAACCAUGCAAUUGAAGUGGCAAACUCAAAGUGUUGUGAAGGGUUCAGUAAAGUGAAGAUUCCUGUGAAUAAAUUGGUGUCUUACUAUUGGACCAGCAGCAUCUGUCCCAUACACGCUAUUGUGUUUCAGACAAUUGCAGGGAGAGAGUUCUGCAUUGAUCCAAAGACUGCCUUGGCGAGUGACUAUAUUGAUAAAGUGGACAAAAGAAAAACAACUGCUACAGAAUCUAAUGCUACAAAAACAACUGCAAUAGAAUAAACUUCUGCUGCAUUGACAACUGCUACUACAGCAAAGACUCAGAGCCUUACAGUUUAAAAGAAGCUACACUGUUUCUAUUUUAUCUCUGUAUUUCAUAAUGUAUAUACAACCAUAUUUCUGAUGUGUAUAUACUCUCCAAAUAAUCUAUUUAAAUAAAUCCAUCUUUUCUAAUAAAAUAUAAAUUAAUGAAAUAAUUGUCAUUUUUUUCCUUUUAUAGAUUUAGUAUUUUUUCUUUAUUUAGAUUGUAUUUAAACUUGAUUUAGUUUUAUUUAUGAGGUGUGAUACAAAACAUGUAGUAAAUAAAUA